AGCCCUUAUAAAUUAUGGCUGGUGGACAGUGGGAAGUAGUUGGUGGAAAGUCCAAGAAAAAUAAAGUAAAAAAUGAUAUAGCUAAGGCGGCGAAAGAGAAGAAAGCUAAAGAAAGUACAAAUUUUGAAAUCUCAGGUGACUACUCACUACAGGUGGGGUUUAUAUAGCUUUUGACCUGCCUUCGAGAACAUUCUGUAGCAAACUGGGAAGAAAUCCUUCCAGAAUGUUCAUGUUUCAUCUAUGGCAUAUCGCAAAUUUUGCACCAAAUACGGUAAUGCAGCCUUUCCUUGGUGUUUUUCUGGCAACCCUAAAACCACUUCGCAGGAAGCUAUCUUACUGCAGCUCGACAUUUCGUCCAAUUUCCGAAAGUGAAACUAUUUAUGCUGCUUUCUUGGAAAAAGAAAGGAAAAGUAUUCCAAAACCUAAAGUUAAUGUAAAUGAGGUAGUAAAAAGCAAAGACAAAAAUGCUCAACAGAAGAAAAAAAAGACAGAAAAAAAAGCUGGGACAUUGUCUAAGAUUCCUUUAGAAGAUAUAUUUGCUGCGAUUACUGAAGAAGAUUUAAAAAAUCUUGUUACUACUUUGGAAGUUUUACGUCCUGAAAAUCCAUUGCUGUGGCUCAAAGAUUUAGUAUCGUUUCUUAAUCUGAAGUUAGAUGCAGCGAUAGAAGACUAUACUUUCAGUCAAAAGCCUCAUGAAUAUCCUUCUACGUUACUGAAGAAAGAUGUUUACCGCCAAAUAGUGAAGUUAUUUAACCGUUGCACAACACAGAUGUUAAAUAUUUUCUUUGAAUUUUGCUUGCAGAACUUGGUGCAAGACAUAUUAAAAGGACUGCAUGUUUUAGGCUACUUAACUGUUCUUCAGUGCCUUGCUCAAGAAAUGCCUUCUGUAGCAGUUUCUAAUGUUCCAAAGUGUACAGAACUUUGUACUUCCCAUCAUAAUCGCCAAAAUGUUUGUGUAGCCAUUAUGUGGGCUGCUGGUCAGGCUGGUAAUAAAAACUUAGAAGCUGGAUUUCGGGUGUGGUUUGACCUCAUGUUUCCUUUGAUUGGAACAAAAACUUGUACUACUUUUGCUGUGGAAUAUCUGGAAAAACUAGUAAGGCAUGAUAAUUUAGCCAAGAUUGACAAAAGCAUCAUUGGAGUGAAGGAUUUAUUUCCUGUACUAGAUUUCAUAUAUUCCAAAGACAUAGUAAAAAAUGUUCAAAGACGAAUUUUGUCCGUGUACCCCAUCUUGAAGCAAUUGAGCUAUGGACCUCAACCAGAAACAGUCUUGAGAAAUUAUUUUCCUUCAUAUCUUCAUAGACUUAGACCACAAUGUCCCCAGCCACUGAAACAGGAGAUAUUAUCUAGCCUUGUUGACUGCCUAGAAAAGGAUCCUCUGAGUUACAGCAUUUGGAGGCAACUUUAUACAAAGCAUUUUGUUCAGUCCAAAUUGCUUAUAUCGCAUUUAAAUGAGGAAUGGGAAAAGCUGCCUUCUAAAGUUUUGUCAAAGUCUCUGCUUGAUACAUUAUCAGUUUUUCAAGUUACAAAUGAAGAAUUUGUAGCUAGUGGCAAAAAAGAUUCAGAUGUAGAAGAAUGUAUUUUAAUUAAUAAAGAACUGCUUACGAAGCUGAAUUCUCGAGUAUUUUCAUGGUUUCGUGUUGUCUUGCUGUUCAUCUUUAUGUUCUCGUUAUUACUUAUAUAUGAUAUUAUGAUUCACGAUUCUUUCAUAGAUUCUUAUACUGGAAAAUUAAUGAAAGAUUCAGGGCUGCUAGUAAUUUGUACACAAGCAGGAGAAAAACUUGGCUAUUAUUAUGGCAGAGCAUAUAAGUUGCUGCAAAUGUACUUGCCUGGAUUUACUGCAUGGACACAAAAAACUUUUGGUCCAUAUUUUGAAUUGUUUUGGAUAAAAUUUUCAACAGGAAUGGUCUACUUGUGGAAGAGCACACUUGUUAUCAGAAAGUGGUGUAACCAGAAUAUACCUUUUCUUUUGGAUGUGGUUGAUAAAAAGUUUCCUGUGUAUGCUUCCCAAGUAUUAGACAUGCUGAAUAAUUUAACAACAUUUUUAUUAAACCAUCUUCAUUUUGUUGGAAGGCAUCUGAUUAACAGUUGUGAGACUUUUGUAAUUUGGCUCCAAUCUAAUGCGUAUAUAAAAAAUACACUAGAAGCAUUCCAAGCAUACAGCAUUGCAUUGCUGGAAAUUCUUCAAGGAUAUGCCAAGUCUCUGUUACAUUUUGUGUAGAGAAAAAUGUAUAUUCCUUUUACUAAAAUUGUACUUUUUGUACUUCAGAUGUUUAUACCUUUUAUAGCCAAUUUUAAAUAAAAAUAAUUAUAGCAAUCA